UCGAGACGAUGGCCAAGAAAUCCGAUUUUCAGCUAUAUUUAUAAAGUAACCUAGCCAAGGAAUAACGUUUUGUGAACCUUAAGGUACCAGAAGAACCAAUCUUUACGACAAAUUUGGAAAAUGUCGAGGACAAGGACUAAAGAAUACGAUUGUCUGAUUAUUUACGAUCAUGCAAGAUCACGUUUAGCUUCAACUGAGGAAACUGAACUAUCAUUGAAUGUUGUUAAGAGGGCCGAUGAACAUCUGACAAGAUGGGGAUACGAUAAAAAUAAUUACUAUGACAGAGACUGCAUUCCUGGAAGAAAUGUUUUCAGUGAACUUUUCAGAGUAGUUGAUUCCUCUCAAUUUGUUUUGUUGAUUUUAACUGAAGGUUUCUUGAAAAACUGUUGGGUGCGUUAUUGUCAGAUGGCUGCCUUUAAAAAACUCAUCGACGAAUCUAUACGCCCUGAGUGUGUAGCAUCCCACCGUGUUAUUCCAGUAUCAGUAAAUGUACCAGAGGACAGAAUUCCUCAAGAAUUAAGGCAGCUCACCUGUAUCUAUUUUGUGAACGAUUGGGAGAGUAAUGAACAAGAAUGGUUGAAGUUAAAGAGGGCCCUAGAUGGACCUUCAACACAGGAGACUUCACAACCUAAUGGUGAACUUAUAGUACCUUCAAUUUCCCAGCAUAUGACACAAGGCAUGAGAGAAUCUUCUGAAAAUACAAACAUAUCUGCAGCAGCAAGUAGAUCAAAUGGAACAGUUGGGACCACCCCAUGUGGCAGCAGACCCUCAUUAAAUUCUCGCCAGUUAGCAAGAGUUACUCCAAGUAGUGGAAGCACUGCAUCUUUAUCUGACAAUGGCAGCAGUCAAAAUAGAUCUCAGUCAGCUACCAAUGGAAAUCCAUUUUCCCCUACAGAUAGCAUUGAUAGCAAUCUUUUAUUUGAAUCACCAUUAGGAGGACAUUCAGAUUCUUCAGCACAAAGAACAACAACGACAUCUGAAACAAGGUUACCUCAAAUGGACAGGAGUGUACAGCAACAUGUGCCACCAAUGCAGCAACCAUACCCAAAUCAAUCAAAUUCAGGUGAAGACUAUGUCACACUAACUGUGUCCAGAUCUCUGUCUUUAGAGCAACAAGUAGAAGCUAUUAGAGCCAGACUGAGUGAGACAAACCAUCCCAUCACUCACACCAGCAGUUACAUGGCCAGUGAUACAAGUAUGGAUGGCCCUCCUCCUAAUCAAAACUUACAUCAAAAUGGAGAAGAAACUAGUUUGAAAGAAAUGGCACUGCAGUUUCCAGGGGGACUACCUUCCCGUUUGAAUUCUACUGAUGUAGAACCAGAUGCUCAAUGUUCCACAGUCAGCCCUGCUGUAGCAACAGUUACUCCAUUCAAACGCAGUUCACAGAGUAUGUUUUCCUUGAACAGUCAUUCCAGCACUAGUAUGGUCAGUGACCCUGGGCCAGAGGAAAGAAGUCCAGUUAAUGGGCCAGACGAAGAAAGUCCACUUAAUGGGCCAGAGGCAGAAUCUCUCAGUAUUAGCUCAUUUCUGGAAGAUUCCACGGGCCAAGAUGAGGAGUUUCCUAGCUCUGCCCCAGAAAAUGAGAAUGUCAACCCAGCUGUACAGAGGGAGGAAUCUGUUACUACAGCGACACAGAGUGCUGAGGGGCCCACAACAGCAGAGAGAGAGGGACGGCCUUCAAUGUUUGCUCAGUUCAUUCAUUUCUCUCUCCAUGCUUUAUUUCAACCAGACAGACCAUUCGAACCAUUAUAGUAAUCUAAAUCAUCCCACACAAAGAUUGGCAAAAAACAUAUGACAGUAUUUUAGGAAUAUUACUUUACUGGCCCAAAAUUUUGUUAAUUCUGUGGAUACUUUCUAUAAUUUAUUCAUAACUGUAUUGGAUAAGAAUUUAAUUGUGUUAUGUGAAACAUUUCCAGUGGGAAAAAACAGAUUCAGAAUAUUUUCUUUGAACUGCAAAUCCUUGAAAAAAAUGCAUAUUUUUUAUCAAGUGUCUAAGUGCCAAUCUGCUACAUACAUGUAGUAUAUUGUUACAUGAGACGCUUUUUUACUGUUACCUAAGGUUAUAAUAAAAUGACAAUCUUUUAAAACUGUUAUAGCUUAUAGAUAUUAAUACUUUCCUCAUUUUGUUGUAAGGGGCACAAACCCAAAGAGAUUGUGAAGAAAAUAGUUUUUAAUGAACAUAUUUCUUUAAACAAAUAAAUUGUUUGCUUGUU